AUGAAUUUUAUUCAAGAUAACCAAACUGACCAAUGCCUCAGGUUUUCCUGCCCAGAGAGAUCUGUAUCUGCAGUGUAUGUGUUGCUGUAUGUGUGUGCAGCUGCUGUAGUUCUGCUGACAGUGUGUGGAAACCUGCUCAUCAUCAUCUCCGUCUGCCACUUCAAGCAGCUCCACACACCGACUAACAUGCUCAUCCUCUCCCUGGCUGUGUCGGACUGUCUGGUCGGAGCUCUCGUGCUCCCUAUUGUAUUAAUAUGGACGAUUGAAUCCUGCUGGGUUUUUAAUAGAGGGUUCUGUAUAAGUUUUAUAUUAACCUCCUAUUUUCUUACAAGCACGUCUAUAUAUAAUGUUGCUCUGAUCGCAGUUGAUCGGUAUUUUGCUCUGUCUAACCCGUUUCUCUACACUAAAGCGGUCUCUGUGAUCACUGUGUGCUUUGUGGUUUUAUGUGACUGGUUUGUAUUGCUCUUAUAUAAUGUAGCACUUCAGUACUUCACUGGAAACCUGAGAACCGUACUAACGUGCCCCAGAGACUGCUUUCUGUUGUUGGAUGAGGUCUGGUCUCUGGUUGACCUUCUGGUUACGUUUGUUUUCCCAUGCGCUGUUAUAAUCAUAUUCUAUACUCUAGUUUUUAUUAUAGCCAAGAAACACGCCACCGCCAUCCGAGAGCUUAACGCUCAAACUAGGACUCAGACAUCAAAGAACAUGACAGACUCUAUGAGAUCUGAGCGAAAAGCGGCGAAAGUGCUCGGCGUUUUGGUUUCUGUGUUUCUGGCUUGUCUGUUUCCAUAUUUUAUUUACAGUUUAUUAGGCAAUGUCGUUGAAAUUGAAGCAGACUCUUUUCAGAAAGUGCUGCUCCUGGUUUAUUUAAACUCCACCAUAAAUCCAGUGAUCUAUGCUUUGUUUUAUCCGUGGUUUAGGAAGUGUGUUAGACUCACUUUAACUCUUCAAAUAUUUAGAACAGAUUCUGAAUUGAUAAAAGUCCUUUGA